UAACACCCAAUUUUCUUGACCGAUUUUGUAUUACCUAACUCCGACUACCAAUCUUCACCUGUUUAUUUACAAUAACCAUAACCAAUUGUACUUUUGUUUGACAAACUUAAUGUGCAUACACAUAUAUAAAAAAUAACACAUAUAUAUUUGCGAUUGUACAGCUGAGAAAAUGAAUUCUCCGCUGAAAUUGACUCUUCACUGAACUACUUGUUUUGUUUUCAUUAAUGCCUGGAUGAUGUUUUACCAUGAAAUUAGCUGAAAUACAGAAAUAAAAAAUUCUCGAUCUUUAGUACAACCAUGAGAUGAGUAGAGAAUGUCUCACUUGUUAUUCUGAACAUACCCUUGGAUUGUUGCUUUAUAAUGAUGAGUUGAAGCAACACAUACUGAAACAUUAUUUUCCCAUGUAAACUGAAAGAUCUCCAUUAUGAGUGAAUGUAUUCCUUCUUCCUACUUUUCACUUUUUCGUGAUAGUAAAACAAUGCCUACAAAAGAAAUGGAUGUCCGUAUAAAAUAUCCAUUCAAGCAUUUUCUAAAAGAAGGCAUACCAACAAAACCUGUGAGAAAGAAUAUUCAAGAUGAUAAAUGUAUGCCAGUAAACACAGAGGUUGAGGAUUUCAGAGAAACCAGUAGUGGAGACGAAAAGGAUAAUGUUAUUCUAGCAGUAACUACUUACAGUAACAAACAUACUAAAUGCUUCAGAAAAACAAGAACAGUGGGAAGAAGUUCGGACGAGAUUGGCGAACGAAACAUUAGAAUUAAUCAUUUCAAUUUCGCUGAGAUUUUACAAAUAUAAUUUUAUAAAUGUCUGCCUCUCACUCGGCGCUCAAUUAUUUUGCAACUAUCCGGUCAAAUCUUGAUCACAGUUCAUAUGAAUUGAGUAUUUCUGUUAUGCUUUACCAUUCACAGAAAUCUGUUUCGUCAUCGAUAUACAGAUUCAAAUAAACAAUUGGUUGAAGAACAGUGCCAGGGUAUACAACCAAGAUUAUCACAAUCUGAGCUAACUGAUGAAUUAAUUCGAUAUUCGCAUAUAAUUAAUACAAUACGACAAACUAAUCCUCAACUGUUUCUUGUGAAAAUUCAUCAAUGAGAAAUGAAGCCGGAAGACAAAAGACAAACUGUAUUGAAUAUAAAAUUCUACUAUCAGAUGACAUAAAAAAAUUACCGGCUAAGCAAGGUUGAUUUCAUAGUAAUAGAAAUUUUCGAAGUGAGCAGUCUUUAAACUGUAGCUGUACAACACUGUACAAUACAAUACCUAAUUCUAACUAAAUGUUAUUCAACAAUAUAGACACUACUGUAACGACAGAAGACAAGGGCCAGGCAACAGAUCGCUGAUUGAAAAAAUCAACCGAUAUUUAUAAACUUUUAUGUACAUUAUUAUUAUUAGUGUUAUUGUUAACAGAGAAACAGCGUCUUCUGAAUGGUUGUCUUCUCGCUCAAGGUUAUUUUGUACUGCUUGUGACCGUUUCUUAAACAGUCCGGUGGCAUAUGUGCGAAUUGUAUCCGCCCACGCAAAGUCUACUGUGAUUGGUUGUUGAAUUUGUCUUUUUUUUUCUCAUGACCAAGAUUUCGAAUGUAAACAUUGCCGUAAACUGCUGUCUACCAAUUUUGGCUAGCAGACAGUUCUCACCACACUACGAGUACGGCCAAUUUAGUUAGUAUGUAUGCAUGACUAAAACGAUAGUAUCUACUAGUGGUAAUUGAUUUUUACACAUAUAGUAAUUAAUUACUCCUUUGCGUUAUGUGCCGUGGUUGGAGAAAGUUCUAGAACUAAAACGCCGACGACAAUGUCUCUCCAUGUCACCUUCGGACUUCCAACCAGUCAUUUCCCACUCGAGAGCUUGACGUGCAACGUCACCUGUCGGUGUCCUCAGCAUGUAUCCGAUCCAUCAUCAUUUUUUUCGGUGUACUUUUUGAGCAGUCGGUUCUUUCCCAGAGUUCCUUGUUGUUAAUCAUUUCUGGCUAAUACGAUCUUCAAUGUGGACCGAAGGCACCUGUACAUAACAUUCUGAAGAGUAGAGCGCCAAAUUUCUGAAGCAUGUAGAAGAACUGACUUAACAUUGGUGUUGAGAAUUCGAAUUUUAUUCUGUAUACUGAGUGCAGCAGAUUUCCAAACUGGUUUCAAAAUGAUGAAUGUUUGCCUUGACCUUCUGACUCUGCUUUUGAGAUCCUCAUCCGUGUCCACCUGUAGUUGAAACGAUACUACCUAGAUAAGUGAUGGGAGUGACUUCUUUCAAAUUCCUUCCGUUGAUAGUGAUACCUGUGGGAUAUGGGGCUAAGGGUGGUUCAGGAGUGCGUUGACAGGGGGAUAGAGUCCCGGACCACUUGAGCGGCCUGGACCAUUGAACCACCAAUGACAGUGCCUAGAUUCCGAAAACUUGGGUUAGUCAGGGCUCAGCAGUUACAUUUACAACCGAAUAGUGUUGCAAUGUUUGACUAGUUAACACAUAGGACGAGAUUUUAAUGUAUUGUAUAAAGUGAAAUCAGAAGACAUCAGUGAUUUAAUGAUAUUAGAAGGCUCGUCAGCGAUUUAGAUGGCCGGGGUUCGACUCCCAACUAGUGCGCUACCAUAAACUUUGACUGUCUCGCCAGCAGAUUGUAGGCCUGAAAAAGGGAGAGACGACUGCAGCUAAGACUAUCAAAGCCACCACGUAAAAACACAACACCACCGUUAUUGAGAUUUCGGAGUCAUACAUCUUAUCUGGAAUGUAAGGAAUCAAAUUAAUGCGUAAAAGUUGACUAUAUUUUUGUCAUAUAAAAUAUGGUUACUUGAAAAUAAUGAUUUAACGUUAGCUUAAUACCAAUCGCGAGUCAUGGGUAUAGUAGUCGCCAACCAUGCAGGUAGUCCGCGGUACGAUCCACGGCCGACGAACUCCUAGACGCCGCUCAGACGGUAUUGGAAUCGAGCAGAGAGAAAAAGAGAAGGCUAGUCGUGCAGUUAACAGCAACACCGUAUAACUAAAAAGCACCACUGCUAAUAUAACUUCAAAACUUAAGAUUGAAGCCAAAUUUUUCAUACAAAACGCCAAGGAAUAAAAACACCACGAAUCAACCUGCUGGUUAAAAACUGCUUGACAAUCGAUAGCAAACUAGAUAACCUUCGAUCAAAUCUCCUUAACAAUAGUUUAUUGAAGGUAACAUGAAGAAAGAAUCCAACCCUAGAAAAAUCACAGUGCCAAAGAAAAAACUGUUUAUGAGUCUGGCAUUUAAAGGUGACACUAUUUCGGAAUUGAUUAAAAUCGUUUAUCUAAACGCACCUUUCCUACAGCUGACUAGCACCUAGUUUUUACCAGCCGAAAUAUGAUUAGACAAUGCGUCAAGGAUAUAUAGAUUACCGCUUAUGUCCACAUCUAUGUGCAUUUACUCUUUUACCUGCUCUUGUGUGGAGCUGAUUAUAUUGGACGUUGUAAGCGUAAUCUCCGAAAACGUGUAGCUGAACACACUAUCCGGUUUGGUUAAUGAAAGGCGAACGUAGAACUGAGAAGUUGUCUAUUUGUGAUCACCUGUUAGAGUCUGGUCAUUUAGCCUCACGUGAUUCAUUUUUCAAAGUUAUCUACAUGGCAAAAUCGAAUCGCUCCAAAAGUUUACGUUUUCUUCACUUAUGCAUAGCUAGCCGAAGCUUUAGCUAGAUAUACAUGAACAGAAACCUAAAUUAUGUGUUCAAAAACGCUUUGUCAAACCCCUUUCUUUACCUUGGUCAUAGUAAUGUUGUUUUAAGUUUUUAUUUUAUUUUACUACUUGAAUUCAUUCCACUUCACUGCACAUCUUCAUUCUUGUCGUAAUCGUACUCCUAAUUUUCAAAAUAUUUAGACAACACUUGACAUUUUCGUUAUCAAUUCACUUAUAAAACAAUCUUUAAUAAUUUUGUAAUCCAUCCACUUCAACUCUAUCUACCCCUCAUAACAUUUUAAUUAUCGUUAUUCUUAUCACUUAUGAUGUGUAUAUUGACUGAGCAAUUAUUUAGUGCCACUUAAUAACCUUUUUCUGUAUUAUAAAUACGACUGUACAGCUUGAAAAUGAAGCCGAUGAAAAGAAGUUUCUUCACUGAACAAACAAAAACUGUGUUUU